AUGAGCACGUAUGAUCAUGACAAACUUUUGAUGUUUGAUAGCGAGUCACCAUUUGAGAGAGAACCUAACGUGUUCGAUGGAGAAUUAUUGAACGAUAGGCAGGAUACCAAUAGUGAGGUACUGGAUCUUGACAGUGCUGAAAGUGAGGAUACCGAUGACGGAGGACCCGAUCUUGAGGUCAUCGAUGAAAGGCUGAGGUUGCGCCUUUGA